UCGCAAAUCGCAAUAGAUCUCCGCGCUCCACAUCGAAUUUGUGCGCGCGCCUGUGUUAGAGAGAGAGAGAGAGAGAGAGCGAGCGAGAGAGAGAGAGAGAGGAUAUGGAUGACGCAUCCGGCGACGCCGCCGGGUCCGGCCGUCGCACGCGCACCCGGGGCUCCGAGGCGGUGGCGCGGUCCGCCGCGCUCGACCGCCUCCGCGCCAUCAAAGAGGGUAGGACCCGGGCCGCCGACGCCGUCCAGGUGAAGGUUGACGCCCCGAUCUACGACACCGUCGCGGAGGAGGACUACAACGCGCUCGUCGCCCGCCGCCGCAAGGAAGCUGGCGAGUUCAUCAUCGACGACGACGGGCUCGGCUACGCCGAGGAUGGUCGCGAGGAGGAUUGGACCCACCGCGCCCUUCCCUCCUCCUCCGACGAGGGAUCCGACGGCGAGGACGGCGCCCGCCGCAAGCGGAAGCAGCCGCGCCCUCCCCAGCCCAAGCGCCCGCCGCAGCAGUCCGCCGCGGCGGCGUCUCUCUCCGCCGCCGCCGCCAUGAUGGGCAAGCAGCGAAUCCCUACUAUGUUCACCUCCCCGAUGUUUAAGAAGCCUGGCAGCGACCGCAACAAGGGUUCGGCUCUGGUUGCCGACAGCAUCGUGGACGACGUCAUCGCCGAAUUCGCACCUGACGACAACGACCGCGAGGAGAGGCGGCGGCGGGUCAGUAGGGUUUCUGCCCCGCAGCCUCCUCCCCCAAUAAUUGCCCACAUCAACUCGGAAAAGGUUGUUGCAGAUGCUGAAACUGUGGUCAGAUCGGACACUGGGUUUGAAACUGAUGGGGUUUCAGACCAUGGAAAUGAUAUGGUCGUGGAAUUGAAGCCGGAUGAUGAGAUGGCAACCAAAUUGGAAGAAGCUUCUGGUUCUAGUGCUCACCUAGUGGUCGAGAAUAAGAGUUCAGAGGAACUGAAGCAGGAGGCUAAUCGGGAAGUGAAGAUAGAGAAGGUGCACCGCCUGAACGCAAAGAUUAAGGCAGAGCAGAACAGAAAUGGUGGUAUGACGAGUGCAGCAGCAGGGUGGAUGAAGGUAUGUGGUGAUGGAGAGAAUGCAGGAGUUGAAGGAGGGGUGGCUUCAGGUAAUGCAGACGUGGAUGAAAGCUCAGAGUUUGAGCUGAAGGAUGGAGCACUGCCAUUCUACAUAUUGGAUGCAUAUGAGGAACCAUUCGGUGCUAAUUCAGGCACAGUGUAUUUGUUUGGGAAGGUUGAAGUUGGCAAGCGGUUCCAUAGUUGCUGUGUCAUAGUAAAAAAUAUUCAGAGAUGUGUCUAUGCUAUUCCGAACCGUUCAGUCUUCCCAAGGGAGUCCUUAUCAGGGCUAGAGAAGAAGUCUACAAAUUCUGAUUUUCUACCAUCUCUCCGAGCAACUCUACAUGAGUUGGCAUCUGGAUUAAAGAGUGAAAUAGCUGAUAAACUGUCAGACCUCAAUGUGUCAAAUUUUGUAAUGACUCCAGUCAAGAGGAACUAUGCAUUUGAGAGGACUGAUUUACCAAAUGGAGAACAGUAUGUCCUGAAAAUCAAUUAUCCAUACAAGGAUCCCGUCCUUCCAGCUGACCUCAGAGGUGAACAUUUCCAUGCGCUGCUUGGGACAAACAAUAGUGCUCUUGAAUUGUUUCUCAUCAAAAGGAAGAUCAAGGGGCCUUCAUGGCUGUCAGUUUCCAAAUUUGUUACACGGCCAUCUACUCAGCGGGUCAGCUGGUGUAAGUUUGAAGUCGCAGUUGAUUGCCCAAAGGACAUAUCUGUUUUGACGACAAGUACAUCCCUAGAAGCCCCCCCUGUUGUAGUUGCUGCAGUCAAUCUCAAAACUAUCAUAAAUGAGAAACACAAUGUGCAUGAGAUUGUGUCGGCAUCUGUCAUAUGCUGUCACCGGGUGAAGAUUGAUAGUCCAAUGCGUCCUGAAGAUUGGCAGAAACGGGGAAUGAUCAGCCAUUUUACUGUUAUGCGCAAGCUUGAAGGUAGCAUAUUUCCUAUAGGCCUUACUAAGGAAGCUUCUGAUAGAAACCAGAAGGCUGGUAGCAAUGUGCUGGCACUAGAAAGCAGUGAACGCGCAUUGUUAAAUCGCUUGAUGAUUGAGCUUAGCAAACUUGAUUGCGACGUACUUGUGGGACACAAUAUUUCGGGAUUCGACCUGGAUGUCCUUCUACACCGUGCUCAGACCUGCAAGGUGCUAAGUAGCAUGUGGUCCAAGAUUGGUCGUCUCAGGCGAUCAAUAAUGCCCCGGCUUACCAAAGGAAACACACUAUAUGGUUCCGGGGCAAGUCCAGGAAUUAUGUCCUGUAUUGCUGGUCGUCUUCUCUGUGAUACCUAUUUAUGCUCUCGUGACCUUCUGAAGGAGGUGAGUUAUUCAUUGACGCAACUUGCAGAAACACAAUUGAAAAAGGACAGAAGAGAGGUUUCUCCACAUGAUAUACCUCCGAUGUUCCAGUCUUCUGGAGAACUUUUGAAACUGGUUGAAUAUGGUGAGACUGAUGCAUGGCUUUCUUUGGAGCUCAUGUUUCAUUUGAGUGUUCUCCCUCUGACACGUCAGCUGACCAACAUUAGUGGUAACCUGUGGGGUAAAACGCUUCAGGGUGCUAGGGCUCAGAGGGUAGAAUAUCUACUAUUGCACUCAUUCCAUGCAAAAAAAUUUAUUGUACCGGAUAAGUUUGCACGCAACAAAGAGCUGAACUCCACAAAACGAAAAAUGAAUGCUGAUACUGAGGGUGCAAAUGCCGAUGAUGGUGCUGCUGAUCCUUCUGUUGAUGAUGAGGGGCAUAAUGGUGAUCAAGUUAAAGCCAGAAAAGGACCUUCAUAUGCUGGUGGUUUGGUUUUGGAGCCUAAGAAGGGUCUAUAUGACAAGUAUGUUCUACUUCUGGACUUCAACAGUCUUUAUCCUUCAAUAAUUCAGGAAUACAACAUCUGCUUUACCACUGUUGAGCGUUCUUCUGACGGCAAUGUUCCUAGCUUACCAGCUUCAAAAGCUACUGGUGUUUUACCUGAGUUGCUGAGGAGUUUGGUGGAGAGGAGAAGAAUGGUUAAAUCGUGGCUGAAGACUGCUUCUGGUCUUAAAAGACAACAGUUUGAUAUUCAACAGCAAGCAUUGAAGCUUACUGCAAAUAGCAUGUAUGGUUGCUUGGGCUUUUCCAAUUCCAGGUUUUAUGCGAAGCCACUUGCUGAGCUUAUUACAUUGCAAGGAAGAGAGAUCUUGCAGAACACCGUUGAUCUGGUUCAGAAUAAUUUAAAUUUGGAGGUUAUUUAUGGUGACACUGACUCCAUUAUGAUACAUACUGGACUUGAUGACAUCUCCAGGGCAAAAGCAAUAGCAGGAAAGGUCAUUCAGGAGGUGAACAAGAAGUACCGUUGUCUGGAGAUUGAUCUUGAUGGCAUAUACAAAAGAAUGUUACUUCUUAAAAAGAAGAAGUAUGCUGCUAUUAAAGUGGCACUGGAUGGCAGCUUACGCGAGAACAUUGAACGCAAGGGGCUCGAUAUGGUCAGACGUGAUUGGAGUUUGCUUUCAAAAGAAAUCGGAGAUUUUUGCCUAAAUCAAAUUUUGUCUGGAGGGACAUGCGAUGAUGUUAUCGAGUCAAUUCAUAGUUCUCUUGUCCAGGUGCUAGAGCAAAUGAGAAGUGGUCAAAUAGAGCUUGAAAAAUAUGUUAUCACAAAAAGUUUGACAAAAGCACCUGAAGAUUAUCCAGAUGCUAAAAAUCAGCCUCAUGUUCAGGUUGCUUUGAGACUGAGGCAAAAUGGUUACUCUGGUUGCUCUGCUGGUGAUACGGUCCCUUAUAUAAUUUGCUCUCAGCAGGAUUCAGAUAAUACACAUUCUGCGGGAAUAGCUCAAAGAGCUAGACAUCCUGAGGAGUUGAAAAGAGACCCUGACAAGUAUAUGAUUGACAUUGAGUACUAUUUGUCACAACAGAUUCAUCCAGUUGUUUCUCGUCUCUGUGCUUCCAUUCAGGGUACUAGCCCAGCCCGUCUUGCGGAAUGUCUGGGACUUGAUUCGUCUAAGUUCCAAUCAAGAUUGACUGAGUCUAGCAAUCAAGAUACAUCUACCAUGCUGCUAUCUGUAAUCGAUGAUGAAGAUGAGAGAUAUCGUGGAUGUGAACCACUGCGUUUAUCAUGUCCAAGCUGUUCUGGUACCUUUGACUGCCCCCCUGUAUCUAGUCUGAUUACUAGUGCUAGUCCGACAAGUGUAUCAGAUUCGGAUGAAGCAAAAGAUGCUACUGCUAAUUUCUGGCGUCGAAUGCGGUGCCCAAGAUGCCCAGAUAACGUUGAUGAUUCCAGGAUUUCCCCUCCUGUGCUCGCCAACCAGAUGAAAAGACAGGCUGAUAAUUUCAUCAACAUGUAUUAUAAAGGUUUGCUGACGUGUGAUGAUGAGGGUUGCAAAUACUCGACUCACAGCGUAAACCUUAGAGUAAUGGGGGAUUCUGAGAGAGGAACCAUCUGCCCUAACUAUCCACGCUGCAAUGGUCGCCUAGUAAGACAGUACACGGAGGCGGAUCUGUACAGGCAGCUGUCCUACUUUUGCUAUGUACUUGAUGCAACCCGGUGCCUUGAUAAGCUGGACCAGAAGGCAAGGCUCCCUUUCGAGAAAGAGUUUGCUGCAGUAGGCCAAACCAUCAACUUGACACUGAUGGAGAUUCAGAAAAUCCGAGAUAGAUGUGCAUUUGGAUGGGUUCAGCUGGAGGAUCUUGCCGUGUCAAUCUGAUGAAUUCUUUUGAUAGACCUCAAUCAGAUGAAUCUCUAACUAACGAAACCUGCACCACAGCCUCUCGCGUCUUAUUGGGCCACAUCGCCUCGUAUUUCUCACCGUCCGAUCUUGAUCGGGCCGUCAAAAAACGAGCAUUGCAGCUACCGUUUCGAUGA